AUGAUAAUUAGGAGCUCGAGCCGGUUCGGGCUCAACCAACCGACGUUGCAAAGUAUGAUGACGAAUGUUGUUCUGGCGCUGGCCGUACUCCUGAUAGUACCGGCUGCCACCGGAGCCCCAAUGUAUGAGAGUGACCAGACCGAGCUGGAAACGUAUGGCGAGUCGACCGGAUGCUACUACAACUACAACCACUACGGCGAGGGUGACCGGAUCAUGACGAACGAACCGUGCCUGAACUGUACCUGCCACGACCGCAUGCUGAUGUGCUACCUGCGCGUCUGCCCGUUCACCAAGGCGAUCGGGCAGGACUGCACGGUGGAGAAGCGCGAGGACCAGUGCUGCCCGGUGAUCACCUGCCCGGAGGUGGAGGUGCAGCUGGUGCAGCACCAGACCACGGACAGUCCGUCGACGGCGCUCGGUGCGGCCGGCACGACCCAGGUCGGGUCGCUCGACCAGUACGGCUGUUCGAUCCACGGACGUUACUACCCGGAGGGAGCACAGGUCCCGUCGAAUCCGCAGAAGCCGUGCGAGCUAUGCUACUGUAUCCGCAACAUGACGACGUGCGUAAUGCAGGAGUGCACGCUCCACAUCGAUGGGUGCGAGCCGAUCUACAACAAGGGUGUCUGCUGCCCCGUACGCUACGACUGCGAUCGCGACAAGGAUACGGCUCCCAUGCUGCUGGACGACGACGAGGGCACGACCACGACGGUGCGCCCGACACCCGGCUUCAUCCUCACGACCACGCUGUCACCGACCGACGACUCGAGCGACUGCUCCCAUAACGGCGAGACGUACGCCGAGGGUGCGCUCAUCAUGACGGACCAACCGUGCGAACAUUGCUACUGCAUGCGCGGCAAGAUCGUGUGCGCGGUCCAGGAGUGCGGCACGCCGCUCGAGAACGAGAACAAGAACUGUACCGCAGUGCCACCGGCCGCUGGCCAGUGUUGCCCGGAGAAGUACGUGUGCGACGCUGGCGACGUGAGCCCGUCCAAAACAUCAACCACGGCAAGUUCCACGGCGGCAGCCGACGACCACGACGAGGAGAAGCUAGAGCGAACCACGGCGAAGGAUUCAUUGGUUGACGACCAGACAGAAGAAGAGCCCGAAGAUGGCGAGCAGCAACAGCAACACGUUCCUGCCGCUCACGACGAGUCCGCAGGUGGUGGUGAAUCGAGCGAGGAGUCGCAGGAAGAGGAAUCCGAGUUGGUCGGCAAACCGGUGUACCAUCUGACAACGCUGCCACCGGCAACGGGCGCUCUGGACGAGCGACUAGGCGAAGACGGGCCGGAACCCGAGACCGACCGCGACCGAGAUGGUGAGCCGGAACAGGAUCAUGUGCCUGGUCACGCGGCGGCUGGCCACACCGAGCCGUCGGUAGCCAUGGCACAGCCCACAACGACCACGACACCAGAGCACGACCUUCCGACGACCAAGCAGACCGACGAGCAGACCGACGAACAGACCGACGAGGAGGCCGAUGUCGGCGAAGGUCAGUUCACCACGCCACAAACCCACCAUGACCACGACGACGCAGAGGGCGAAGACCUCGACGAAGAAUUGGACCAAGCGCCUACCGCCACAACCGGAACUCCACCGGCAGACCAAGACCAGAAGCUAGUAUUGGAACAGGAACACUCCACUCAUGGGCCGCCGCUCGCGGAGACACCAGCGUCCCCAGCGGAGAAGGCCACCACAGCCGCCGACGAGCAGGAGGAGGUGUCUGACCGGGAAGAACCCACCACCGUUAGGAUGUCUGAGACGGCGACGAGCGUCCGCCCGCCGCACGUUCCGGUGGCGUUCGACGAGACGGAGAACGAAAUCGACGACCUCCAACACGACACGAAGUUGGAGGUGACCACAACGAAGAUCUUGGACCUGGCACCGGAACAUGAGAACGAACAUGAGGAUGAGCAGCAGCAGACGACGACGUCCGUGGCUCCACGGACCGAGUCGAGCACGGAGGGCCGCAAGGAGGCAAUGCAUAAGGCCGACGAUCAGGAGCAAGAGGGAGAACAGCCAAAGCCGCAGCCACCUUCGACCUCCGAGGAGCAGGACUUUGUGGAGUUGCCACCGGCCACGGUCGCCACGGAGCUGCUCGGUGCGCCCGUUUCCGAUUCCCAGCCCGAGACCCCAGCCGCCGAGCUGCCGUCGGACGAGGUCGUGACGGGUGUUCCACUUGAGUUUGACUCGCACGUGCUGGGCUCCUCGACAGCUACACCUGAAACGACCACCACCACCACCACCACCACCCGUACGCCGGAGUUCGGUGACCGGAAGGCGGACGAUGGGGCCCCACACAUCGACCUGGACGAGCCGGUUGAAAUGAAUACCGUAAUCCCGUUGGACCUGGACCAAGAGGUCGCCGCUGUUGACGAAGAACAGCAGCAGCACCACGUACCCGAGGACGAAGUGGUGCCAGAGACCGCCCCAUUCCCGGAGGCAAUCCCCGGCGAGGGUCACUGUCUGCUCGAGGGGACGACGUACGCGAACGGGGAUACGGUGCCGGCCAGCGGCAAGUGUCAGGCGUCAUGCCGCUGCACCAACAGCAUCGUGCACUGUGAGAUGGUCCAGUGUGACGCUCCGCCCAGUCCAGACUGCACUCCCAAGUCGGUGCCGUCGGACGAGUGUUGCCCCGCGUACAGCUGCCCUCAGCCCCAGGCUAGCUCCAGCACUGUGGCGCCCACUGUCGCCCACUCCACGAGCUCCCCACCGGAUGUGGAGUCGACCGAGAUCUCGACAAGCGCGGCCAGUGACAGCGACGAAUCGACGUCAGCGUCGACGGCCUCGGUCAGUGGUUCGGCCUCGACGGAAACCUCCGGAACCCGGGACACGGAUGAAGAAGCGGACGAUAGCGCUACCGGAGAGGAGCAGGCCGAGAGCGAUUCGGCCGAUUGGGAUGUCGACGAGGACGCACUGAAGCCGCUACUUCCGGUGGAGUCACCGAUGUACGAUCCGAUGCAAAUCAACUUCUUCGCCGGUAACCGCCCAACGACGGCCCAGUACGAUGACGAGAUCUUGCUCAGCACGGCCAGCCCGGCCCCUAGCACCAGCGUUCACCAGGCCCCGACCACGACCACAACACCGAAGGAAGCUCCCACGACGACCACGACGACCGCCGAUGAGGAAGAAGUAGUUCGGGCCACGUCCGUGGAGCCACAAGUCCCAGAACGGGUUCAGACGGAAGAGCCACAAGUCCCAGAUCGGAUCCAGAUGGAAGAGGCGUCCACCCCGCAGGCAGUGGAGGCAGUGGAAGUUGAUGAUGACCAGCCCAGCACGACGACCGAGCGGAAACCGUUGGCCCCGGAGGAAGAGCAUGAGGAGCAUGAGGAGCAGGAGGAAGACGAGGUAGCUACGGUGAGCACUGUGAAGCCGCUGAAGGCGGCCGACGAUGAGGACCUUGAAGAAUUAGCCCAACCCAGCACAACACCGCUCGGGGAACGUGGACAAGAUCCGGUGGUCACGACGGAAGCCACAGCGGAAGCUCCAAGCGAGUCCCCAAGACCGACACCGGUCGAUCGUACGGCCACCGUGGAGCCCGUUCCAGUGCCGGUAGUCCCGACCGACCGUCCCACCGAGCCGGAAUCGGAAGAACCGGAAGACCACCCGAGCACGACCGCCCGACCGCUGGAGAUCGUCCCGACGACAAUGCCGACGCUCGAGCAGAAGGAACAGGAGGUGGAGCAACCGGAGCAACACCACAGCGAGGUAUCACAGGACCUGGCACCGACCACGGUGGCCCAGGAGGUAGCGAACCCAACUACGAUGGCCGUCGAGCCAGUGGACCAAAACCAGAGCACGACUCCUACGGCCCCAGACAUGAUCCCGACUACGGCUCCGAUGGUCGAACGGGUCGAGGAACACCAGACUACGGUGUCGGGCGGAGCGCAGGAGCUCCCAGUCCCGAGUACGACUGUAAUGGAGGAACCAGAGGCACCAGCCACUGUCUCCAGCGCCGGCAAGGAUACGGACGUGGAACAGCCAACCACUGCUGGAGUUGAGGGCCCGGUAUACGUACCGGAAACGACCCCCAAGGCCAAGGUGGAGAUUGGAGUCACGGACCAGGAUCAUUCGCAGCAGGUACAGACCUCGACUUCGGAAGCGACAGCUGCGGCUGAGCCGAUCCACACGCAGACCGAGCUGGUGAUGCUCUCCACGGACGCCACCGACGACUUGGACGACCAAGGGCCGUAUACGACAAGUGCGGCGGCUGAAGGGCCCGCUGUACCAUCGAAGACGCACCCAACAACGGAGGAGCAGCUCACAGUUGACAGCGCAACGCCCACCACGACAGCCCAGGCAGCGACGUCCGCGGAAGAGCAGGUGACGGAGCGGGUUGACUCGACGACGGUCGUGAGCCAACCUCCGGUGGCCCCGAGCAGCACGGCCGCGCCGACGACCGACGGCUCCAUCGUGUUCCGUGUGGAUGACGAGGACACCAAGCCGAUUCUGAGGCCGACGGUUGACAAGCAGGAAGACGAUGGGGCGGAACAGGAGCAGCCAGCAACCGAAUCAGACGAGGACAACUUGAUCAACGCGUUGAACGCAGUCAUCGCACAGCAUGACGACUCCAUCCACUUCCCGGUCGACGAUGACGAUGAGGAUGAUGGCGGUGACGUGUUCGGUGCGUCGAAGCCCGAAGUACCGGCCGAGGUACCGCGGGAGCCGGUGCCACUUGAGUCGGACGACCAGAUCAAGCACCGGGACGAGGUGGCCACGACCACCAGUACCUCCACCGAUCGGCAGACGACGGCGCAACCGGCGGCCGAAGCCGAGGACGAUGUGUCCAGCAACGAGAUCGACUCGGACGUACCGCAAAAGAUCGCCCAUCCGACGCUGAAGCCCGUCAGUAAACCGGACGUGAUCCUCCCAGCAAUGUACGACGAGAUUGACGAGACGGAGCAGGAGGAGCCCGAAGACCAGGAGCAGCAGCAGGUGUCACCGAGCCCAACUACCACCGUGCGGCCCGUCGUUCAUGUGUCGGAAGAUACGGACACCACCACCACAGGCACCCCUGCCACAAGUGGCACCUCGACCGUCAAAGACGAGGAGGAGGAGCCGGAGGAGGGCGAGCAGGAGCACGACGCAACACCGAGCAGUGCAGUGGACGAGGUGCCAACAACAACACCACCCAGUCCGGUUCUCGUCCAGAAACAUGACGAUGCCGCUCAGGAACUACCGGAUGUAGUGACACCGGACGUAGCGGACAAGGUGGACGACCAAGAGGACGAUGACGGGCAGCGGCCGGAGGCAGACCAACCCACGACAAUGGCAACGGACUUGGUCCCGGCAGACCACGCGCAGACUACCACGCCGCCUCACCCAGAUGAAACGGAGACGGAAGAACCGCACCGACCAGCUGUCAGUUCGCUGUCACCGCUGGCGGCGGACGUUGACGAGGACGGCCCCACCCCAGCAACGACUCAUGAUGGCAGUCCGGACGUGGAGCUCGUGGCCAUCACGAAGCUUCCGGAGAUCCAGACCAACGAUCAGGACCAACCCAAGGAUCAGACCAAGGAUCGGGAACCGACCACAACAGCACCGGCGCACGAGGAAGAACCGGGCACCACUCCCCGACCGGCACCCGAAGACGGUGUGUAUUCUGCGGAGGACCAACCGGUGGAACCGGAACAAGAUGCACCGCAGCAUAGUACCCCAUCGGCAGCGGAGGAGUCGUCGGACGUGAGUGAUGAGCUGGAGCCACACCACCACGUGCCAACCACAACCGGCGCACCGUCACCAGCCCAGGAUGAGGAGGAAACUGGCGAGAAGGGAGCCGAGGAACAGCCCGAGGUAGCGCACGAUGAGCAGGAGGAGGAGGGUGCUGCUGAUAGGGCGACUACGACGACGUCCAGCGUGACACCGACUGUGACGGACCGUGUACCACAAGCCUCGGAGCCGGAAGUGGAUGGUGACGCCGAAGUUGUAGGCACCGUCGAGCGGGUGAAGGAGGACGAGGAACCGGUGCAAUCGGAACCAAGUACCACCGAGGCGGCGGCGGCAGCCGGACCAGUGGACCAAGACUUGGCCCAAGAUCUGGACCAAGAACUGGACCAAGACCAAGAUCUGGACUCGGACCCGCAAGUGACCAAAGCUGCCCCGACGACGACGGUGGUGCCAGACGCGGAGGAGCACAGCGCCCCGGAUUCGGAUGGGCCCGAGUACGGUAGCACCAGCCCGCCGAAGAAGUUGGAGAAACCGGACCAGGGCGAAGAAGCUGAUGAGGUGACCGCUACGCCGACCGACCGACCAGCUGACCUCGGCACACAAGUGGAGGAGCACGAGCAGGAAGAUCGGGUGCGGGUGUCGCCGACGACGACGACGGCGCCGCUACCGACGACCCCAGCAGUGAACGUGGAGCACGACCAGGACGAAGACACCGACGAGGGCGAGCUGGUGGAGCACGUCCCGCAAACGGACCCGCUCGGAGACUCCUCGUCUGAGGAGGACCAAGAGCAGGAAGGGGAGGAGGCGGAGGUGGCCGUUGCUGAGGCGUCCACGGGAGCGCCACCAGCGACGACCAGCGCCCCCGCUACCGCCAGCAGCACCACCGCGGAACCAGCAGCCGUUAGCGUCACUCCGGAAACGGUGACAUCUUCGGAACGGGUGGACGUGGAGAGCGAUGCAGCCACUACGACGGUGGUCUCGGUGACCCCUGAUGCCCCUGUGACCCACGCCCCGCCCACGCCAACGAUCACGGAGAUCGGCGCCUCAGACUCGGACGCGAUGGAAGUCACGACUAUGACAGCGACGCGACUCGGAGGCGAACCGGACGAACCGGCCGACGAUGACGGCGGUGAAGGCGCAGCGACGACGACGACGGUUAGCCCGACUCCGAUUUCAUCCCCUGCCUCCUCUACCGCCGCUGCGGUCCCGGUCGCUCCACAUCACGAUGACGUAGAGCCGAUGACGACAGCCACACCGCCAGCACCAGCACCACCGACGACGACCACCAGCCACCCGAGCCAGGAGGAGGUGGAGGAAGAGCAGGGCACUGUCGCACCGGCCGGCGACGUACCUCAGAAACCUGAGCCACCCGCGUCCCCGGUACAGCCGGCAUCCAGCACCAGCACCAGCAGCCCGACCAGCAGCACCACCGAGGACAACGCAGAGGACACAGAGGAAGACGCAGCUGAGGACGACGGGCAGCAGAAGGUGGGCGCGGAGUUGCCGCUGUCCGACUCGAGCUCGACCGCGCCGCCACCGCCCGGUCUCCAGGAGGAGCAACCGGGAGCAGGGCCGGCUCAGGAGCAGGAAACGGUCGGCCCGUCGUACGGUGCACCCGGCCAGCACUACGACACCGGGUACGGGCACAUGCCGCCCCACUAUCCGCCCUCCUCGUACGAGGACGACUACGGCGAGGAGGAGGACCCGGCCGCCUUCGGGCCCGGCACCUGCCGGUACGGCGGGAAGCUGUACGUCUCGGCGCAGCAGAUCCCGCGCGACGAUCCGUGCGACUUCUGCUUCUGCUUCCGCAGCGACAUCAUCUGCCUGCAGCAGUCCUGCCCCCCGCCCAUCACCGGGUGCAACGAGGAGCCGAUCGCCGGGUUCUGCUGCCCCCGCUACGAGUGCCCCGUCUCGAUGGCGACCGUCCUGAACGUGACGACCAGCACCACCACCACCACCACGACGCUGCCACCCCACUUCCUCGCCCACGCCUACAAAGGGGCGGUCCAGAAGCGGGGCUGCCAGAUCGCGGGCAAGGCGUACGGAGUCGGUGAACCGGUCGCGUCCGCCUCCGGGCCCUGCAUGCGCUGCACGUGUGGCGGCGAUGGACAGAUGCAGUGCGAACCGAAGGCCUGCAGCCCGGAGCCGAUGCUGAAGCAGAUGAUUGCGGUGGCGGCGGCCCGGAAGAGAUGA